AUGUACAAGACGGUGAGACACGGCGAGAACAGUCUGCAGUACACUAUCCUUCCGCAGACGGAGGAGGUGUUAAAUAACAGCGGUUUAAAGGGAAAGGGACGAGAUUACAGCCCUUCAAUACACGUGCGGCGAUCCCGAAGAAGAUCUACGCUAAAAUAUGUUCUACUUAUAGUGUUCGGAAUUAUAAUCGCGCUCGCCUUAGCAUCUGUUCCACUUUAUGUUAUUGACGAUGCCUUAUACGCUCAAAGAAGCUUGCAAGACCAUCAUGAAGUCAUUACUACCGCACCUCUUACUCCAGCUGGUCAAAUAGUAAAAUCACGCAAAAAAGAACUGAAAAUUCUACCCGAAUUACUAUCAUCGACUGAACCCAAACUGGAUAGUACGACGUCACGAUCAACUGUUACUUCUACUAGUGUGCCAUCAACUAUAGUCCCUAAUAAAGCAACAACGCCGCCAUGGAAUAUGCCUGCUUUAAGGUCCUGGAAAGGUUUUAUUCCUUCUACGACGCUGCGGCCUAUUCCUACGGAAAUUAUUGAGCGAAAUCCGCUUAUUGGCACACUAUCUGGCAAUGUACGUUUGUUAGAUAAUUAUAUGUCAGUAAAACCGUGGGAGAAGGACAUUAUAAUAAGACCAACACUCACCCCUGAGCCAAUCACAAUUCGAAACGUUUUCAAAUAUUAUUCCCGUCCGCUUGUUACUUCAGAUAAAACAGUUACAAUUAAUUCGAAGUUAUUCGAUGACGUAUUGAUUACAACUAGAGCGACUACAACGCUGCCCCUAGUAACCACAGAGUCGACGACAACACUACUGUCAGUAGAUGAAGAUGAUGAAUUUAAAGAAUCAUUAGAGGUGGACGAGGUAUUUUCCCUGCCUCCAUUGAAACCAGAAUCGGCGGUUCCAAUAAGCGAUUCUGAUGAGGUGACCGUCUCAAAGGCAGGUGGCAGUGGCUGGUACGGAGCACACUGGCCUUUCGUUGACACAUUGUCCUAUUUCCAAUGGACGGGUUAUUUUCUGAAUCUUCUGCUGCCCUUGUUGGUAGCGGCGAUGUCAUCGAUCAUUCUGGUGCUACUUCUUGCAAUCGCCGUGCGAAGCAGGAAGAGGACAACUACCGCUUCAGCGCAAAUUGGGAAGUUAACCGCCGACCUUCAAGAAGACGACAACACCAACCUGUUGCAAGCUGAAAACCCAGAGGAAGCCGAGGAGUGA